CGAGCCCGGCCCCGGCGCUGUCCCCUCGCUGUCCCCUCGCUGUCCCCCCGGUGUCCCCCCGGUGUCCCCCCGGUGUCCCCCGGCCAUGCUGCGCGACGAGGACACCGAGGCGGAUUUCCAGCGCUUCCUGCGCCGCGUGGACGAUGUCACCAAUUUGCUGCAAGGCCUGAAGUCCCCGGACUCGGCUGUGCAGGAAAAAGCCAUUGCUGAGACAGAGAAAAGGCUCCGAGAGCAAGGGGCCAGCAGGGAGGAGGAGGAGGAGGAGGAGAGCAGGACCACGGUGAACAGGACACUCAUCAACACCUCUGGCACGCCGAGGGUGCAGGCAGCAGAUGCAGAUGGCUUCCUGGCAGCUUUGGAGCAGGAUGCCAAGGAACGAGCCCAGCGCAGGAGGAGGAACGAGCAGCUGGCAAACGCCCUGAAGGAGCAGGGCAACGAAGCCUUCAGGGCAGGAGACUUUGCCCUGGCCAUCCAGAGGUACUCGGAGGGGCUGCAGAAGCUGAGGGACAAGCAGGAGCUCUACACAAACAGGGCCCAGGCCUACCUGAAGCUCCGUGAGUAUGAGAAAGCCAUCAGUGACUGUGAGUGGGCAUUAAAGUGCAACAAGAGCUGCCUCAAAGCCUAUUUCCUGAUGGGGAAGGCUCACCUGGCCCUGCAGCACUUCUCUGAGUCCAGGCAGUGCUAUGAGAAGAUGCUGCAGAUUGACCCCCAGAAGGAAAACCUGUUCAAAGAUUGCAUGAACGAGGCCAGGCUGGAGGAGAAGAGGCUGAGGGAGGAGCAGAGGGCAGAGAGGGAGCUGCAGGCUGGGAGCGUGGCUGCUGCAUCCAUCCAAAAAUUGCUGCAGAGCAUCAGCACCCCCGGGCACCCCCUCCCCUACUACACAGGGGCCAUCAGGCUGCUGGCAGCAGCUCUCAACAGCUGCACCGGGCAAACGUUCUUCAGGACAAACAAAGGCUUCAGUGUGCUGAGGAGCGAGGCUGUCAGAGGGGCCUUCUGUGCAGAGAGCAAAAGCCCUGCUGAGGUGGAGCUCUGCGUUUCCCUUCUCCUCCUGUGGCAAGCUGCCUGUGCUGGGAAUGAAGAAAAUCAGCGUCUCCUGCUGGCCCAGCCCGAGGUGGGUGCCCAGCUGCCAGAGCUGCUCUCCUGUGGCACAGCCCAGAUCCAGAGGGAGACCUUGGCACUGAUCUCUCUCUACUCUGAGCACGAGGAGGGCCGGAGGCUGCUGGGCAGGCAGGACCUGAGCAGAUGGCUGCAGAUUUUGAUGGCAUUUGUCAAGUGCACUGAUGCAAGGGCUGAUACUGCCAUGAACAUCCUGUCUGACUUAACUGGGGAGGAAAGGUUCCAAAGCCAGUGUAGGGCCACGUUUUCCACGGAUGUUUUACCUUUAUUCACCCAGUUGCUGGCGUGUGCCAGGCAGGUGCAGCAGGCAGCCCUGGCCCGUGCCGUGGCCGUGCUGGGCAGCCUCUGUGCAGAUGUUGGGCUGCGGGCACAGCUGGCUCAGAGCAGGGAGUGCUGGCAGGCCUGCCUGGAGCUGCUGGAUGGGUGUCCUGGUGCCAGCCCUGGGUAUCAGCAGUGUGUGUUUGCAGUGCUGGGGCUGAUGAUGAACCUGCUGCUUGAAUCCAAUGGCACCAUCCAGGACUUUGCUGUGCCCAUCAGUGGCAGGUGCCUGGCUCUGCUCAGCCAUCAGGACGGAAGGAUUGUCACAAGAGCCACAGGAGUGCUGAGCCGUGUCCUGCCAGCGUCCCCCUCAGCCGUGGAGGAAGUGGUGGAAGGAGGAGUGGUGAAGAAAAUGCUCAAAUUCUUGAAAGCUGGGGGACAGCUCACAUCCAGCUAUGCCAUAAAGACCCUCGCCAUCUGCACCCGGAGCAGCAGCAGAGCCCAGCAAGAGCUGCUGAAGGGGGAUAAAAGGUUCCAGGUGCUGCUGAGGCUGCUGCAGGCAGGCGAUGAGCUGACUGUGGGCAAUGCAGCUUUCUGCCUCAGCCAGUGCCUGCUGCUGCCCGGGGCUGCCUCGUCGCUGCUGGGCUCCAGCGUGGUGCAGCUGCUGCUCAGGCAGGCUGGGGGUGAUGCUCUCAGGAGCUCGGUGCAGCACAACUCAGCCAUUGCCCUGGGCAGGCUCUGCGUGGCUGAGCCAAGGCACAUCCCUCAGCUGAGGAAGCUCAAUGGCCUGGCCGUCCUGAACUCCUCCAUGAAACACGUGCACAGCAGCUGAGCUCCUCAGAGUCCCCCACAAGUGCCCUUCGUCUCACUGCUCUUGAGUUUU